UGUGUGUGUGUGAGAGAGAGAGAGUGAGAGAGAGAGAGAGUGUGUGUGGGAGUGUGUGUGUGUGUGAGAGAGAGAGAGAGAGAGAGAGAGAGAGAGAGAGUGUGUGUGUGUGUGUGUGUGAGAGAGAGAGAGAGAGAGAGAGAGAGAGAGAGAGAAACCGGUUUUGCAUAUGUUGUUUCAGUGACGCACGAAUCAGUCUAUUUUAACGGGCGGAGCUGUCCAUGGUGCUGACGAGAGAGAUAUUCCGCUCUCGAGCUCACGGUGCAACACAGAAAUCAACACACCGAGAGCGACGCGCAGCGCACUCGCGACUCUCCGUUAAAACAGACCGAAAGCAAAAAGGUAAAUCAUGCCUUCACCAUCUAGAUGCUGUGCGACAUGGGUGUCCAUCCUUCCCUCCCUCCUUCUACUUCCCUUUUUCCUCUCUUUCGUUUUUGGAGUUCAAGGGGCAACACUAAGAGAGCAUCGCCUAAGUGGGAGUGAACCCGCCUCCUAUGGACCUAUGUCCCAACUUCACCCUUCUCCAAGUGCAGAGAUGCUAAGAGCUCUACGCUACAUCCAAAGCCUUAGCCAGCGAACUCCACCCAAACCCCUCACAGAUGAUCAACAGCCAACCACUGCAGACCAUGAAUCAGAUGAAAUGGAGAGCAUCCGUUCAAUGCUACAACUGGCAUCCCCUGUCCGGAGUUCCACAGGAAAGGAUAGAGGCAUGGAAGAGAUAGAGGAAGAUAAGAAGAAGGACAAUACUCAAGAGUGGCUCCAAGCGGUGCUUAGGGCACUGCAAGAGACUGAAGAGCAGUCCCCCCAAAAGUCAUCCCAGAAAGUCAUUACGCAUGCCUCAUCACUGUCACGCCCUCGCUAUGCCAUCCACUCUCUUCCGAGACCAAAACAACAACUAGAGGUGGACACCUCUGUAGAGAAUUACGGGAGGAACUCAUGGGCCAAUCCUGGCAGCUGGAGACCGCACAGACAGUACCCACACAUGUUUGAGGAUGAGGGCCAGGAACAGCCGCUCAAACGGACCAAUGAGAAUGCAGAAGAACAAUACACGCCCCAGAAACUAGCCACCCUUCAAUCGGUGUUCGAGGAACUGAGUGGAAUGUCUGCUUCCAAGGCUGCUUCCAAGGCCAACAGCAAGCAGGAAAGUGCUGUGGCCAACACUGCUGAUGACGAUGAAGAAGAUGAUGAUGACUUGUACAGGCAGAGGAAAAUGGUCUUGGAGGAUUUCAUGGGAACAGACGAAUGGACACCUCUAGAAGAACAAAUAGAGACUGAAGAAGAAAGUGAGAGGCAUGGCUUUACUCGCAACCUUGAGGACGAUGUGCAGGAGGAGGAAGAGGAGGAAGAUGAUGAUGUCAAAAGAUCUAACCAAUCUGAUUGGUUUCAGACAGAAAAAGAGGACCCUGAAGACAUUGCAAAGCUUGUGGACUACUAUCUAUUGAAAGUUCUAGAAAAGAAAGAGCAGGAGGAACAGAAAAGGGAAGAGGCAAACAAGAGGGAACAACAGGAAGAAAGUGACAGGGAGGUGGAGAAAAAAGAUGCAGAUGAAGAAGUGGAGAGGGAUGAAGAGGAGAGAGACAGCAAUCCCAUGCACGGUACAGUCCCCCAGUCUCUCUCUCAGCUAAUCAAAAUCUCGCAAAAGCUCCAAAUCACACCGGAGGAAGUUCUUGACCUUUUUCAAAAUGAGAAGCCAAAAGAUUUCUUCAGAAUUCCUUUAGAGUCACGGACACCCCCACGCCCCUACACCACCACUCACGAUGACACGAUUGCUGCAGCACCACAAAGACGGCCUCUCAAGACAUCGGAGAGCAACAGUGUUACACAAGACAUCCUGAAAAUCCUUGAGCUGGCAAGUGCUGCGCUGCAAAACGACAAACUCCAUCAAAGACCAACGCAACCGAAAACAUUGCAUUAUUAUGAGAAGGAACGAGAUCUCCCAGAGUAUGUGUUCCCAGAAACGAGCAGGGAUGAUUAUGACGACACCGUGAGCGAGGAAGACGAACUCGCCAAUUACUUGGCCUCGGACAUGUUUGCGCAAGGACCGAGGCACGAGCGUCUGAUGCCCUCAAAUGAUGAGGAAGGGUCAAUGUACGGAAAGCUUGAACGUGCUGUCCAGGACUACUUUGAUAAAAGCGUCCCUGAAAAGAUACCGUUGGAGCACGAGGGAGCAGCCACAGGCAUAAAUGAUGACACAAUGCUUAAAAUUCUGAGGUACCUUGACCCGGAAAGCGACAAUGCCAGCAAAACGGACUCUGAGGGAGAAACUGUUCCUAAGAUGUAGACAUGUAGAUACAGAUUAUACUCAUUGUUUGAAGUUUGAAUUGUCAUAUAAUAAAGUAUUUUGAAAGAAAAUAUAUAUUCCCCCAAUUGCGUUAGUCAAUGUAGUGCUACAGCUUUUUCUCUUUUUGUAUCCUCUAGAGCAGAAAAUAAUAUUUUAGUAAACCCAAUGAAUUUUGUCUUAGUCCCAUGGUAGUCCUUUUUCAGUAGCGAUAAUAAUAGUUUAAAUAGUAGCCAGCUUUACCUUUUGAAACAUGUGAACACAUACAGAUUCUUUCCUUUAUACGGUACGUGUCCACUGGCACAAGCUGAGCGGAGCCAAGCAGUCAUUUUCAAUUCAUCUCAAAGAGAACUGAGCGAUAUGCUCGCGCGAGGGAUUGUGGAAUUAGCAGCAAAGCAGAGUAAUUGAUUAGGAAUAUAGGAAUAUGUAUGAUAUAAUAUAGGAAAACUAUAGGAUAUAAUAUAGUAAUAAAGGAGUAGAGGAAUAUGCAUACUUCCCUACUAUAUAGUAUGCCAAAAGCAGUAUGUCAAUGGACUACGGUGUCCGAAUUCUCAUUAUUUAUAAAACACUAGGCGAGCAAUUCUCAGAUGACAUACUAUAUCAGGAGAGAUUCUGAAGUGCUCGGCUAAGUUUGGAAUUGCAUACUACCAUACUACUCUCACUAUUUACCAUACUACUCUUACUAUUUAUGACAGAUAUGGCAUACAGAUAUGCAGUAUGGUAGUAUACCAUUCAGAACUUUGCAUCCAUUCAGUGGACUCUUUACAAUUCCAAAAUCUCACGGGAGCUGCAGAGACGUUACAUUCAAACUGCUAAAUAAAAAAUGGCGGACAAUCAGGAGUCAGGCGGCUGUUUUAAACUUUGUGUUAUAUAUACCAAGAGAGUUGUUCCUUGUGGUUAAAUUGUACUUGUUUAACAAAACAACAGUAUGUCUUUUUCUUUGUUGUUUUUACUACGUCACAUAUUCGGGUAACUGAACAAUGCCCCCAUUUCCGGAUUAAGUAUGUUUCUUAUACUACUUGCAUGCAUACUUAAAAACAAACUCUUUUAAUGAUCAAGAAGUAGGUUCUUCAUCAAAAACAGUACAUACUUUUACUGUACACAAAUUUGGAUGCUAUGGUUGAGAGCAUCAAAUAAGUUAAGAAGUGCUCAACUUUAUGCAAAUGAUAAGUGAAAAAUCUCAAAGUGCUUAAAAUCUGACAAUAGUAAUGUAAGUUUGUGGUAGAUUCAGUACUUAAAUGACAUUGUUAUGUUUAAUUCAGACUUCAAAUGAAGACUGCACACAUUCAUUGGCAAUGCUGUGGCUGGGUAAUAAAUCAACACCGUUUAUAUAGUUUGGGCAUUCAGAAAAAACAAUUGCAUCUUUGCAACUGUAAUCGUGCAUAUAUCCACCUUUAUGGGUUCCCUCUUUGCUAGCAGAAGUCAAAUUUUUAUUUUCUGGUCUCCUGUGUUUUCCACUUGCAUCGGUGUAUGAAUUUAGCAGAUAAUAUGAUGUUUAGUAUAAAAAUUGGCCAAACAAAAACAAACAUGUGGCUCCAUAGUGCCAAUAGUUUACAGAGUCGCAAUAACCAUCAAUUGACAGUGCCUCAACCGUCAAAGUUUAACAAAUAGAUGACGGGGUUUAAGUUCAUGUCAUUAACUACUUCAAGUUGUUAACACAGCCAACAACUGCACAAGUUAAGCCUGAGCUCAUUUUCACUCCAACUAACACUUUAAAGGAUUGUUUUUCUCCUUCUGGAUUGCUCGUUUCUGUAUUUUUUUUACAUUGCUUCUUAUGGAGACCGGAACCAGAAAACAGUCCAGCUGCUACCAGAAUCAUUAUGGUGCCCAGUGAUUGUAUAGGAAUUGACAGUGUAUUGAAAGUAACCAUAGAAAAUACAUACUCGCUGCACGUUAUCAGACACGCCACAAAGUGGCAGCUCUCUAGCGUUGUUCGUGGCAUUGAUUGAUUUCUUCAACGCCAGUGGACACGUACCAUUAAUGGCGCUUAAAGGACAGUUAUGUUUUCAGUCAUUCAGUAUCUUGUGCGAGUGGUGAGGUCAUGUGUGACAUGGCAGAGGUAAAUAAAGCAUUUGUUC